AUGACUACUACUACUCUAUCAAUUAUAUGUUUGAACGAUUUAGUUACUUAUGAUGCCCCCUGUCUUCAAGCACUACUCGAUGGGAAUGUUGUAAAACUACUUCUAAAUAUUAUUGAAGCUGAACAUCCAUACGUUCGUCGAUCUCAGUUUGCUGCAUUACGAUGCUUGAGAAAACUUUGCGAUUGUAGAAUUCUCCAAAAAGACAUAAUAAAUACAAGAGGUAUUCAACUACUGUUUAAAUGUCUGAAUCACAUCGAUUGUGAAUUGAUGUUGGAAUCCAUUUACAUGAUUGCUGACGUAUCCAUCGUACCUGCUUCCUGGGAAUCAGUUCGAUUAUGUGAAGGCAUGCAAAAACUUAUUCAUUUACUAAACACUUAUGAUUCGAAAAUUACCUUGACAACCCAAACAAGCAAAAGUGAAAUUUUCUCCUUAAAACUGACUAUUUCCCAGUAUUCAGCGAAAUCUUUGUCUGUGCUUUGCGCUGAUGAAUGUAAUAGAAAAAUAGCUUGUUCAUCAAAUAUUAUGAAUGCGUGCCAAUUUUGGAUAAGAAGCAAACAUCAACAAGUUACAACUCCUAUUCUUAUAUUGCUGCAACAUUUGUCAUUGUCAGUCUUUAGCCCAAGCUCAAAAGAGAGACACCUGAUGUGUCCACUUAUGAGCCUACUUAUAGUGGACUGUAUGGCUCUAUCAGCCCCUAUGGUAAGUGCCCCACCAGGAGUCUGUCCAUUAUACCAAGAGUGGGCCGGAGGGAUGUUCCAUAGUUGUUGGCUAGUAGUGGUUCUGAUCUUGGAGAAAAUCUCAGGGAAGGACAAAGGUCGACUUGAAAUUGUGCUAUCAGAAGCUCCCUGCGUGGCCAAAAGAUCAGCAUUUUUAUUACCAAAGAGACCUAUGAGAAGAGCUUAUGAUAAGAGGAACAGGGGUACAGCUUCUGUAGAUCAAGGAUCUGGGAGCACCGUAAGACAGAAGUCUAAAUGA